UAUCGUCCAUCCGCGAAGCGUUGCACCGCCUGACUCCCUGACACGCACGAAGUGCAGGCUCCGCUGUCGUCGCGCUGUCUUCUUCAUGUUCUCAUCAAACACUUAUUCAAUAAGCAAACCAUCAUGUGCCACCCUCUACCUGCAGCCUCAAAACUAGAGGCCCUUCGAGUGGCCUCCACACCCCGGUUCUUUUUAUUAUAGUCGCGGCAAGAGGCAGGGGGAGCUCAGAGCAUCCCUGGGACUCACCGAACGAGGACACCAGCGGCAACAGGUGGUAAUCAGCUGCAGCAAGUAGUUCCACAGGAAGCACUGACCCAGCAGCAGCAGCAGCAGUUCAAACGACUGAAAGGCUCCGAUUCUUUGUCGAGAAUGAGACUAGGCGCUCUCCUGGCUGCUGUCUUUACAGCAUACUUGGUUCUGGAUCAAGUCAGCUGCCAGCAGCCAUGUCCGGCGGAAGUGUUGAUCGAUCCCACGCAUUACUUAUUUGUUGACGUCACAAACUGCAGCAAUUUUCUCUCCUGUUCCAACGGCUUCUUGUUCAGGUUGGCCUGUCCACAGGGACUCAAGUUUGACCCGGAACUCAGCGUGUGCAACUUUCCACAAGAUGUCAAGAUGGACCUCUGUUCUGUCAGCACACCUUGCAGUAGCUCCCCCUGUCUGAACGGAGGGACCUGCCUGGUGUACGACUUUUCCGCCACAAACCUCCAGUACGUAUGCCAGUGUCCCCUCGGCUACUCGGGAACCAACUGCCAGCAAAGACUUAUUACUUCUCCAACAUUUACAGAAUCCACGACAUCUAUGUCAACAACAACUUUUCCACCUUACAACCCCUGCAACAGCAACCCUUGUGGGACCGGGGCGACCUGCCUCAGGAGUAGUUCGUACUCCAGUGGUUACAUCUGUUACUGUCCUGACGGCACGACCUCAACCCGCUGCACGAGCACGAAUCCGUGUUCCUCUAGUCCUUGCGCCUAUGGCACGGCGUGUAAUGUCACGGCCAGUGGAGUCGGCUACACCUGCCAGUGUCCACCCUACCUCACUGGCCAGAACUGCGAGACAUCCCAGUGUGACGUGUCAGCCCGGUGUGGUGCUGGGUCCUGCUACCUGUCCUACCUGAGUCCAGGUUACACCUGUGUGUGUCCAGAUGGCACUAGCGGAACCAGCUGCUCAACACCAAGUGCCUGUCUCAGCGGUCCCUGUAGCAACGGGGGCACGUGCAUCGACAGUGCAACAGCCGCCGGUCGCUACGUGUGCUACUGUCGGGACGGCACCUCGGGAUCCAACUGCCCCGUGCCAGGUCCCUGUUCGUCCUCUCCCUGUCAGAAUGGCGGACUUUGCCAGGCGUCCACCACCGACGCCAGAGGAUAUGUCUGCGGUUGCCAAGCAGCGUACACAGGCCGUUACUGCGAACAAACUCAGUGCAGUCUCAACCCCUGUCCGAGCGGUACUACCUGUACUCUCAUGAACAACUCACCUGGAUACCAGUGUGUCAGUGCAUGCUCAUCAAAUCCUUGUGUCUACGGUACUUGUGUCAACACAGUCUCUGGCUACCUGUGUAACUGUCCAUCUGGCUAUACUGGAGCCCAGUGCCAGAAUCCACCUCAGUGCACCUCCAGUACAUGUCAAAACGGUGGCACCUGUUUUGUGAUCAGCGCCCUUCCUGGAUACAGAUGCACCUGCCCGGCUGGCUUCACUGGUGAAACCUGCCAAACACCUGUCAACUCCUGUGCGUCCAAUCCCUGUGUUCGUGGCACCUGCGAGAACCUGACCUCUGGCUACAGGUGUAUCUGUCCAUCUGGAUUUUCUGGAACUCUGUGUGACACUCCAGGUAUUGUUUGUGCUCUUUAUGGAGACAGCCUAUGUAACUCUGGCACAUGCAUACCAACUGGGAGUGUGACCUUUUCGUGCUCCUGCCCACCCAGCCGAACCGGCCUGUACUGCGAGAAUGUCGUUCCAGUCAACAACUUCUGCUCUUCAAACCCCUGUGUAAACAAUGGUGUCUGCAUCAACCUGUCCUCAACAUACUCGUGUUCCUGUGCACCCGGCUUCACUGGAAUAAACUGUCAAAUCAAUAUCGAUGAAUGUGCCUCAAGGCCUUGCCUCAAUGGCGGAACGUGCAUCGACGGUGUAAACAGCUACCAGUGUCGCUGUCAAUCUCCUUACUAUGGAAAUCGUUGUGAAAAUCAAACAACCACCCAGUGCUCCAACGGACAGCCUUUCCUGUGCCCCAGUGACGUCGUCAACUUCUCGUACCCCAACUUCAGUGACGCCACAUGUACCACGUACUUCCGGUGCAACAGAGGAAACCUGACCCUGGCCACGUGCAGCACCGGACUCAAGUUCGAUGUAUUGGCGUCCUCGUGCCAGCCCGCCACCGACUCCGGCCGCCUCUUCUGUGAUGUCGUCAGGAACUUCUACACCUCGCUGCGCGGGUAGAGUUAACCUCCUGCAUGCUGUCAGACAGCUCCUUCCUUUCGCAAAGCAUAAUUAUUUUCCCUUCCACGAGAAAGAGCUCUAUGCUGACGGCAAAUCAGGCAGUUAACAGUAACGCAGACGACUCACUGCAGGAUGCCGGAGGUGGUGUUACGCAGGUCAGACGCGAUGCUCCAGUCAUGGUUCUUUGUUGAUUAGUCUGUUCUGGACGCUUUUGUUUCACAGACUGUUGCUUUACUAUUAAUAAAAGAUUUCACGACAGA